GCAUCCGAACGAGGGUGUUCUCCUUCCUGCAGCCGGGUAGGGGGCAGCCAGGUUUGGAGCAGGGUUCUAGGAUUACACGGCAAAUCCCCAACUUCAGCACCGCGGACAGCAUCACCUCCCGCCCAGGGAGAGGCGCGCGCCUCCUUGCUCCGCCCCCGCCCCAGCUGAUGGACUCCGGCCGGUCGGCUCAGUCUCCCUUUUGCUUUCAAACGAGGCCAGGGCAGGGCAGAAGGGUUUUGACAGCCAGAGGGGUACGGUAAGGAGGAGGAAGAGGAGGAGGAGGCGGAGGAGGAGGAGGAGCCGAGGAGGGAACCGAGAAGGGAAGAGAAGGGAGGGCUUCCCUCCGCCUCGUUCGCCGCCCGGGCUCACAGGCGCUGGCGGCGGCGGCGGCGGCGUCUCCUGCUCUCCGCGGCUGUUGCUGCUGCUCGCGCUCCGCCGCCCGGGAGAUGCUUCCUCGCGCCGCGCAGCGCUGAGGCCGUGCGUGCGCCCCGGCUGCGCUGCGCGCUCCCCACAUACACAAGCUCUCCAUGUGAGCUGACGGGCGAGUGGAAACCCCCCGAGUCACGCUGCCCGGCGGCGGAGGGAGCGCUCGCCCGCAGUGGCAACAGCUGCACCACCGUCCCCGUCUCUCUGCCUUCCUCUUCUGCAGCCUCUGCUCUUCUGAUUACCUCCCUCCCCCGUCCUUUGGUGAUUUUUUUUUUUCAAGAAGGAGAGGGCGGGGUAGGUGUCCGUUCCCUCCCCUCUUCCCCCUCCUUUGCCUUCUUGGUUUGAAUUUCCUCCCCCGGCGUUGCACUGGCACACAGUGCAAGAGGCAAUACCCGCACGGAGGGAGAACGAAGGCUGAGACUCCCCUGCCGCUCCAAGCCCGGAAGAACUGGAGCCUGGAGCGGGGUGAGGGGAGAAGAGGAAGCGGGAGGGGCUUGGCUUCCUCGCGUAUCUGAGGACAGCCCAUCUCCCUUCAAGAACCCUACGGAGAGACGGACUGCAUCUCCGCAGCGAGCUCUUGGAGCGCCGCCGGCCGGGAGGCGAAGGAUGCAGGCGGCUCCGCGCGCCGGCUGCGGGGCAGCGCUCCUGCUGUGGAUUCUCAGCAGCUGCCUCUGCAGAGCCUGGACGGCUCCCUCCACGUCCCAAAAAUGUGAUGAGCCACUUGUCUCUGGACUCCCCCAUGUGGCUUUCAGCAGCUCCUCCUCCAUCUCUGGUAGCUAUUCUCCCGGCUAUGCCAAGAUAAACAAGAGAGGAGGUGCUGGGGGAUGGUCUCCAUCAGACAGCGACCAUUAUCAAUGGCUUCAGGUUGACUUUGGCAAUCGGAAGCAGAUCAGUGCCAUUGCAACCCAAGGAAGGUAUAGCAGCUCAGAUUGGGUGACCCAAUACCGGAUGCUCUACAGCGACACAGGGAGAAAUUGGAAACCCUAUCAUCAAGAUGGGAAUAUCUGGGCAUUUCCUGGAAACAUUAACUCUGAUGGUGUGGUCCGGCACGAAUUACAGCAUCCGAUUAUUGCCCGCUAUGUGCGCAUAGUGCCUCUGGAUUGGAAUGGAGAAGGUCGCAUUGGACUCAGAAGUGAAGUUUACGGCUGUUCUUACUGGGCUGAUGUUAUCAACUUUGAUGGCCAUGUUGUAUUACCAUAUAGAUUCAGAAACAAGAAGAUGAAAACACUGAAAGAUGUCAUUGCCUUGAAAUUUAAGACGUCUGAAAGUGAAGGAGUAAUCUUGCACGGAGAAGGACAGCAAGGAGAUUACAUUACCUUGGAACUGAAAAAAGCCAAGCUGGUCCUCAGUUUAAACUUAGGAAGCAACCAGCUUGGCCCCAUAUAUGGCCACACAUCAGUGAUGACAGGAAGUUUGCUGGAUGACCACCACUGGCACUCUGUGGUCAUUGAGCGCCAGGGGCGGAGCAUUAACCUCACUCUGGACAGGAGCAUGCAGCACUUCCGUACCAAUGGAGAGUUUGACUACCUGGACUUGGACUAUGAGAUAACCUUUGGAGGCAUCCCUUUCUCUGGCAAGCCCAGCUCCAGCAGUAGAAAGAAUUUCAAAGGCUGCAUGGAAAGCAUCAACUACAAUGGCAUCAACAUUACUGAUCUUGCCAGAAGGAAAAAAUUAGAGCCCUCAAAUGUGGGAAAUUUGAGCUUCUCUUGUGUGGAACCCUAUACGGUGCCUGUCUUUUUCAAUGCUACAAGUUACCUGGAGGUGCCCGGACGGCUUAACCAGGACCUGUUCUCAGUCAGUUUCCAGUUUAGGACAUGGAACCCCAAUGGUCUCCUGGUCUUCAGUCACUUUGCGGAUAAUUUGGGCAAUGUGGAGAUUGACCUCACUGAAAGCAAAGUGGGUGUUCACAUCAACAUCACACAGACCAAGAUGAGCCAAAUCGAUAUUUCCUCAGGUUCUGGGUUGAAUGAUGGACAGUGGCACGAGGUUCGCUUCCUAGCCAAGGAAAAUUUUGCUAUUCUCACUAUCGAUGGAGAUGAAGCAUCAGCAGUUCGAACUAAUAGUCCUCUUCAAGUUAAAACUGGCGAGAAGUACUUUUUUGGAGGUUUUCUGAACCAGAUGAAUAACUCAAGUCACUCUGUCCUUCAGCCUUCAUUCCAAGGAUGCAUGCAGCUCAUUCAAGUGGACGAUCAACUUGUAAAUUUAUACGAAGUGGCACAAAGGAAGCCGGGAAGUUUUGCGAAUGUCAGCAUUGACAUGUGUGCGAUCAUAGACAGAUGUGUGCCCAAUCACUGUGAGCAUGGUGGAAAGUGCUCGCAAACAUGGGACAGCUUCAAAUGCACUUGUGAUGAGACAGGAUACAGUGGGGCCACCUGCCACAACUCUAUCUACGAGCCUUCCUGUGAAGCCUACAAACACCUAGGACAGACGUCAAAUUAUUACUGGAUAGAUCCUGAUGGCAGCGGACCUCUGGGGCCUCUGAAAGUUUACUGCAACAUGACAGAGGACAAAGUGUGGACCAUAGUGUCUCAUGACUUGCAGAUGCAGACGCCUGUGGUCGGCUACAACCCAGAAAAAUACUCAGUGACACAGCUCGUUUACAGCGCCUCCAUGGACCAGAUAAGUGCCAUCACUGACAGUGCCGAGUACUGCGAGCAGUAUGUCUCCUAUUUCUGCAAGAUGUCAAGACUGUUGAACACCCCAGAUGGAAGCCCUUACACUUGGUGGGUUGGCAAAGCCAACGAGAAGCACUACUACUGGGGAGGCUCUGGGCCUGGAAUCCAGAAAUGUGCCUGCGGCAUCGAACGCAACUGCACAGAUCCCAAGUACUACUGUAACUGCGACGCGGACUACAAGCAAUGGAGGAAGGAUGCUGGUUUCUUAUCGUACAAAGAUCACCUGCCAGUGAGCCAAGUGGUGGUUGGAGAUACGGACCGUCAAGGCUCAGAAGCCAAAUUGAGCGUAGGUCCUCUGCGCUGCCAAGGAGACAGGAAUUAUUGGAAUGCUGCCUCUUUCCCAAACCCAUCCUCCUACCUGCACUUCUCUACUUUCCAAGGGGAAACUAGCGCUGACAUUUCUUUCUACUUCAAAACGUUAACCCCCUGGGGAGUGUUUCUUGAAAAUAUGGGAAAGGAAGAUUUCAUCAAGCUGGAGCUGAAGUCUGCCACAGAAGUGUCCUUUUCAUUUGAUGUGGGAAAUGGGCCAGUAGAGAUUGUAGUGAGGUCACCAACCCCUCUCAACGAUGACCAGUGGCACCGGGUCACUGCAGAGAGGAAUGUCAAGCAGGCCAGCCUACAGGUGGACCGGCUACCCCAGCAGAUCCGCAAGGCCCCAACAGAAGGCCACACCCGCCUGGAGCUCUACAGCCAGUUAUUUGUGGGUGGUGCUGGGGGCCAGCAGGGCUUCCUGGGCUGCAUCCGCUCCUUGAGGAUGAAUGGGGUGACACUUGACCUGGAGGAAAGAGCAAAGGUCACAUCCGGGUUCAUAUCCGGAUGCUCGGGCCAUUGUACCAGCUAUGGAACAAACUGUGAAAACGGAGGCAAAUGCCUAGAGAGAUACCACGGUUACUCCUGCGAUUGCUCUAAUACUGCAUAUGAUGGAACAUUUUGCAACAAAGAUGUUGGCGCAUUUUUUGAAGAAGGGAUGUGGCUACGAUAUAACUUCCAGGCACCAGCAACCAAUGCCAGAGACUCCAGCAGCAGAGCAGACAACGCUCCCGACCAGCAGAACUCCCACCCGGACCUGGCGCAGGAGGAGAUCCGUUUCAGCUUCAGCACCACCAAGGCGCCCUGCAUUCUCCUCUACAUCAGCUCCUUCACCACAGACUUCUUGGCAGUCCUCGUCAAACCCACCGGAAGCUUACAGAUUCGAUACAACCUGGGUGGCACCCGAGAGCCAUACAAUAUUGACAUAGACCAAAGGAACAUGGCCAAUGGACAGCCCCACAGUGUCAACAUCACCCGCCACGAGAAGACCAUCUUUCUCAAGCUCGAUCAUUAUCCUUCUGUGAGUUACCAUCUGCCAAGUUCAUCCGACACCCUCUUCAAUUCUCCCAAGUCGCUCUUUCUGGGAAAAGUUAUAGAAACAGGGAAAAUUGACCAAGAGAUUCACAAAUACAACACCCCAGGAUUCACUGGUUGCCUCUCCAGAGUCCAGUUCAACCAGAUCGCCCCUCUCAAGGCCGCCUUGAGGCAGACAAACGCCUCGGCUCACGUCCACAUCCAGGGCGAGCUGGUGGAGUCCAACUGCGGGGCCUCGCCGCUGACCCUCUCCCCCAUGUCGUCCGCCACCGACCCCUGGCACCUGGAUCACCUGGAUUCAGCCAGUGCGGAUUUUCCAUAUAAUCCAGGACAAGGCCAAGCUAUAAGAAAUGGAGUCAACAGAAACUCGGCUAUCAUUGGAGGCGUCAUUGCUGUGGUGAUUUUCACCAUCCUGUGCACCCUGGUCUUCCUGAUCCGGUACAUGUUCCGCCACAAGGGCACCUACCAUACCAACGAGGCAAAGGGGGCGGAGUCGGCAGAGAGCGCGGACGCCGCCAUCAUGAACAACGACCCCAACUUCACAGAGACCAUUGAUGAAAGCAAAAAGGAAUGGCUCAUUUGAGGGGUGGCUAUGGGAUAGGGAGGAGGGAAUUACUAGGGAGGAGAGAAAGGGACAAAAGCACCCUGCUUCAUACUCUUGAGCACAUCCUUAAAAUAUCAGCACAAGUUGGGGGAGGCAGGCAGUGGAAUAUUCUUGAGACUGAUCACAAAAAAAAAAAAAAACCUUUUUAAUAUUUCUUUAUAGCUGAGUUUUCCCUUCUGUAUCAAAACAAAAUAAUACAAAAAAAUGCUUUUAGAGUUUAAGCAAUGGUUGAAAUUUGUAGGUAAUAUCUGUCUUAUUUUGUGUGUGUUUAGAGGUGUUCUAAAGACCCGUGGUAAUAGGGCAAGUUUUCUACAUUUUUAAGAGCCCUUAGAACGUGGGUAUUUUUUUUCUUGAGAAAAGCUAAUGCACCUACGCUAAUAUGGCCCCCAACAUUCUCUUCCUUUUGCUUCUAGACAACCUUAAUGGGCUGUUACAGUAACUAGUUCGUGUUUAUAUACUAUUUCCUUUGAUGUCCUAUACUAGUUCCUUUGAUGUCCUAUAAGUUGGAAAAGAAAGGGGCAAAGAGAACCUAUUAUUUGCCAGUUUUUAAGCAGAGCUCAAUCUAUGCCAGCUCUCUGGCAUCUGGGGUUCCUGACUGAUACCAGCAGUUGAAGGAAGAGAGUGCAUGGCACCUGGUGUAUAACAACACAAUGUAAUGACACAAUCAGCACAACUGGAGAGAGGCAUUAAAGAACCAGGGAAGGUAGUUUAUAUUGGGGUUGUCGGUUUGAUUUUUUCAUUGAAUUCUACAAGCUAAACAAGCUAAUAUUGUUCCACGUAUGUCGUCUUAGACCAAUAGCUGUAACUAUCAGCUGCAAUACCAUGGUGACCAGCUGUUACAAAAGAUUUUUUCCUGUUUUAUCUGAAACAUAUUGGAUUUAUAUAUGUAUUUAUAAUAUAUGUAUAAGCGCCUCAAUGGGGAAUUAGAGCCAGAUGUUAUGAUUUGUUUGCUCUUUUUCUUUUAUAGUUGUAGCAAAAAUAUGGGCAAUUUCUAGUGAAUGCAUAAAUUAGGUUGCGCUUCUUAUUUUGCUUUAAAUCUCUGGUAGUUUUUCCACCCCUGUGACAGAAUCCUAAUAGACUAAUAGACAGUGUCCUGUAAAUGGACACAACACAAUAAAGUCAAGUUAUUAUUGCUGUUACUCUGGAUGACAUGGAAAACACUGCCAUAUUUUAAAUCAACUAUGCCACAUGUUUUUCCAUCCAAUCACACUGCUGUGAUUCAGGGAUCUUCUAAGACCGACACAUUUGAACCUCAAGUUCAUCACAAACCUGGUACCUGUUGCUUCCCACAGGAUGGACAAGUGUAGUUAAUCACACCUCUUAGUUUAAUCUGAAACCUUGACCCAGUUAUUUAACAAAUACCUCAUUGAUUAUAUUUAAAAGUAAUACACUUCCUGUAAACAAAUGGGGACAAUGUAUCCAAAAAAUCUUUUUAAACAGAUUACACAAAAAUUAUUUCCAGAAAGGCUACCAUUUAUGAUCAUUAUAUUUCAAGCCUCUUAUACUUAAUAAGCACUUUCUAAAAAAUCUUGAGAUCCCACCAUUCUGAGGAAUUCAAUAUGAUCACUUUUUCCUUCUUUGCCUGGGAGAGGUUAAGAGGAGCUUUCGAAGGUAUAGAUGCUAUUGUUCUAAUGGAAAUUCUAGUUUGUUAGAAUUAUGCAUUCUUUUUCAAGAUUCUCAGUGUGCCUAACUUAUUGGAGCACAUCAGUUUCCAUUCUUUUUCAAGAUUCUCAGUGUGCCUAACUUAUUGGAGCACAUCAGUUUCUUGGGUAAUGGAAAACAAACAUUACCUAGAGUUGCCAGUGGCACAUUACACCAGUACACAGCACAUUCCAGAGGAGAUAUUGGACCAGUUAACUCCCAUGCAAGUCAAGGUAACAGACCAAAAGGGAAUCCUGAUGCCCUUUUACCAUUGCUGGUUGAGCUCAGGCACUGUCAUGGACACCCUUAAUUUUAAAAGGUUUUAAUCAUUCUUCUAUAAAAUACAUUUAAAAUGGAAAAAUACUUAAUAUCACUAAAUAUCAGAACAAUGUAACAUUUACAAAUGACAUAUUGAAAGCAAAGGCUGUUUUAUUUAGCCAAGAUGAUUACCAUUAGGAGUUACUUUAUGUAUUGUUGAAAGCAAAUUUUAAACAUGAUGUUUUAGAAGUGUUUCUGAUUUUUAAACAUGGUUUACAGGUAUUACUUCUGCACUUACCAAAUAAUGCCAGAUGGAAAUUUAUUAUUUCUUGCAAUUCCCAUGAUAGCUCUGUUCUUUAUGCAUUGUCUCAACACUUUCCCUUUUUUCCCAAAAUGAGUAGAGAAUUAAAGCCACCCAAAACAGCUUCUGCUACUAAAAUGUUCUCAUCCUUUCUCCUCCCUCUCCUUUUCUUGCCACAAAAGGUGAAAAAUGAGAUCCAAUCCUCUCACCAAAAUUUCAAACCUAGGACACUGGAAUGACUGCAGGGAUCAGUGGUUCUCCCAUAUCACCAUCAAUUAAGACACAUAGGACACUGUCUUCCUUCAAGAGGGUUACAAUGUAGCCAUCAGACAGGAAACCAAAAGGUGGAUAAAGUAUUAAGUAACUAAGUGCCAAAUAAAUGCUGGAAAUCUUGACCUCUCCUUGGGAUUAUGGGUGUAACAAAAAUCCCUACAUCUGUUUAUGAAGGCCAUAUCCAGUACAUUUUAAAUGGUAAAUAAUCUAUUUAUGUGAAGAAAAAGAAUUAAGUCUUUCUUCCAACUCUCUCCCUGGAUAGCCUAGCACAGUGCAGCCUCGAUAACCAUGACAUUCCCCCCCAAGCUCUCAGUGCCUAAUCCUGCUUUGUCAUUCACAUCUCACAAAAUCUUGACAUCUUACAUUCCAAUACAUUAUCAAGCAAGCACAAGUAUGCUGGUAGUAGCCUCUUUAAAUAAUAUGUAUAGACAACAACAACAAAAAAAAAUAGACUGUUUUAAAGUUUCAGGGAAAGUUGGUGGCUGAUUUAAAGUUGUGCAGGAAACAUCUUCUGUGUACGAAGCAAAUAUCGAUGUUUUGAAAAGCUAGGAGAUGACUUUGAAUGAAUGCAAGGUUAGUGAGAUCCUAAGCUCUCAAAAUAGCAUGUUCCCUAGAGCUCAAGAAAGCUGGUCCACGAGGUUGAAAAAGCUAUUUUGUUGUUAAAUUAUUUUCUGGCACUUCUUAAUAUUUAAAAAUGUAUUUCCCCUUGUGGCUUUCAACCACCUGCUCAAAAAAAGAGACUUGUUACAUGGAAGUUUUCAUUAAAGAGCUGAAAACAAGAAUUUAGAGAGCCUUUCCUAGAAAAUGUCCUACUGCCCUGCAUUUGACAAACAAGCAUCCUUUACUAACAAGAGCAGGAAUUCAGAGGCACAAGAAAAAGCAUUGGCAUGAGCCAAAGAGUCUAUCUUAAUGUUACUUUCGAACAUCUGCUGAGCAGCCACCAUAUGCAGGCUGAGAGCUGGGCACAGGCGAAGCCACUGGAAGCACUUCAGGAACAAGCACACAGCUAUGGGACUUGAACAUGCAAGUGUUCAGGUUGUGUCAAGAAGCUUUUCUUUCCUUCUAUGAUGGAAUCUGUUCUUUUCUAUCCUACUUUUUUCUCUCUUCCUCUCCUCAUCACGUUAUACCCUGCUCUUACGCAGUGAACGUUUUAAUGGCCCGUUUAUGUCUCAUGCCUCCAAACAACACUGAAUUUGAAACCCCCAUUUUUUCUUCUCACCACCCUGUUGAGCAAUUUUCCCAAAAAAAGGGCAAUUAUUAAAUUGAAUUCAAGUAAGCCAGCCAAAGGUAGGUCCUAAAUUGCUAGUCCCAGUAGAACCACCUGAUCCUAAACCAGUGCGAAACAAACAGUAACAAUGUCCCCAGCUGACUUCAGCUAAGAACCAAUGGCUCCUACCCCCCCCCUUUUUUUGUUGUUGUUUUUUGUUUUGUUUUGAGACGGAGUCUUGCUCUGUCCCCCAGGCUGGAGUGCACUGGCGCAAUCUCGGGCUCACUGCAACCUCCUCCUCCUCCCACAUUGAGGCGAUUCUCCUGCCUCAGCCUCCCAAGUAGCUGGGAUUACAGGCACCCGCCAUCACACCCAGCUAAUUUUUUUUUUUUUUGUAUUAUUAGUAGAAGCCAGGUUUCACCAUGUUGGCCAGGGUGGUCUCAAACUCCUGACCUCAAGUGAUCCGUCCACCUCGGCCUUGCAAAUUGCUGGGAUUACAGGUGUGAGCCACCGUGCCGAGCCAGCCCCAUUUUUUAAAUGAUGUUUUGGUUAAGAGUGGACCAUGAGAAUUAGCUGACAGCAUCCCCUUUCUCUCUCCCUGCCUUGGUGGGACCCUCCCUAUGUGACCUUGGUCAAGUCCUCGAACUUUUGUCCCGUAUUGAAGAUGGAGCUGUUUUACCUACUUCAUAAGACAGUUGCGAGGUGCCAUUGAUUCUUGACUGCAAAAUACCUUGAAACCCUUAUAUAAAGACUGAAGUCAAUGGAGCCUAGUGGAAGACUUACUUUGUGGCUUGUGGUUGAAAGUCACAUCAAAAGACAGAUGUGGCCACGUUCAGGAAUUGAUGACUUACUGGCAUGGCUCUACAGCUGCUCAGUUAUUAAUCAUGCAGACUAAUCUGUCAACACUGGGAGAUGCAACAUAGCAAAAGGACAGAGAAAUUAGAAUUUUUUGUGCAGAAAGCCCUAAAUUCCCACCUGAAUGUAACUUAUAGCUCCCUUACCUACUCUUACACAUGCCCUCAAACAUGCUAGAUUGGCUUAUACGUAGGCCAACACAAAAUACAAACGUGACGUGUUCAUGUAGCCUAGUGGCUGUAUGCCUAUUCUCCAUGUACCCUGCAUGGUAGUGUUGGAAACUUUAAAGUACAUUUCUUUCACAGCAGUAUUUUUUUUCAUAAGUGGCAUAUAAAUCUCAUUCAAUGAAAUGGGGAAAUCAUGUUGAGAAGUUGGUUUAUCAUCUCCCAUUGAGCAAAGACUGGCAGGAGAUAAUAAAAAUAAAUAUGGGCACACAUGUAUUAAUAUACAGCACGCAUUUACAAGUUUAUUUUCCAGAUAAAACUGUGCUUAAGAACAGCUCUACCAAGACAGUCUGCACCAUUUCCAAGUCUCAGUUAAUUUACAGCAACUGCUGCUUUCGGAGAUGGCUGUGAAAAUAUGGAAGUUCCUCUCAAGUAGGCCAAGAAACAGUUCUAGAUUUUACUGAUUCUAAGUUUUAUUUUGUCAGGUUUUUUAAAUUUUUUCAGUGAGCAUGGUGACUGCAGAGGUUAGCGCUGUGAAAAGCUGGGCUAAAUAUUCUUUCUGUAAAGUCAAAUAGGAUUCCAUCCCUGUGAAAUAACACAAAAUUUCACUCUCUAAAAGCAACAGCAUGUAAACUAGAAUGAAAGAAGGAAAUUAUGUACGUAUGCCUAAUAUUCUUUGUGAAUGUCUUUCAUUUAACUAAAAUUAUAUUAGAAACGAUUGAUAAAUAAAAAAUUCAAAAUAGU